AUGCACUUCUCCCACGUCGCUCUCUCCCUCGUCGCCGCCGCCUUCGUCCAGGCCGACCUCCAGCUCGACAGCGACGACAUCCCCAGCCAGUGCCGCGCCGUCUGCAACCCCAUCUACGAGCUCGGCCGCACCUGCGAGGUUGACGACGACCAGGUCACCGACGACCUGACCGAGAACCGCCUCGAGGCGCAGUGCGUCUGCACCAACUCCAGCAUCAACGUCUCGUCCUACGCCGCCCUCUGUGCGAGCUGCAUGGACCAGAACGUCACCGACCGCGACGACCUCGAUGACAUCAACGACAUCCUGAGGACCUGCGGCUUCGCCAGCACGACGUACACCUCAACCGCGUCCUACGCUUCAACCACUCCCUCCGUCACGGCCACCCGGCCCACUGCUUCUUCGCAGCUGACUACCACCAUCACGCCCGGCGCCGCCGGCGGCAGUGGAUCCUCUCCCACAUCGUCCGGCGGCGGCAGCGGCAGCGGAAACAGCAACAGCAACCCCACCACCACUAACGGCGGUUCCAGCAGCGCCACGCAGACCCCGAACGCCGCGGGCGUUGUCUCACCCAAGGGCCUGGGUCUGAUUGGUGCCGCUGCCGUUGGCGCCCUGUUCUUGUAA